UUUUGAUUUUGGGUGGGAUUGGAGAGAAGAACAUAUCAGUAAGGAACCGAUUCUGAAGCUAGGGCGAUGAUUUGCAAGUCUCUUGACAGGGAGAUCAGGUUACAUGUUCUUGAUUUCUGGGUCGAAAGGAUAUAGCAGCUCAAAGCUGAGAAGUGUUCUUUAUGGCGCUAAACAGGCCUGACAACUUGUUUGAUUCCAUGACCAAUGAGGUUCCUGGUCCAUCGGGUCGUUGGAUCGGCCAAGAAUCAACCCCGAUUGUUCCAACUGUGAUAAAGAAUGUACAUAACAACAUCUCUGUACAGACUGGCGAGGAAUUUUCCAAGGAGUUUCUUCAAGAUCGUCUUCCGGUGAGGAGAGUUACUGCGGUAGCUGAUAUGGUCCAGGACCGGGAAAAGAAGGCUGGGAUUAAUGGUAAUCAGAACUCUCAACUGGCCUAUGAGGACCUUACUCGUAUCCUGGGGUUGAGGAGAAUGGAUUCAGAGUGUGCUUCUGAAACAUCUGAAUUUGUCUCUGCAAAAGGGUCUUCUAAAGAGGUUGAUGUUGAAGCUUAUGUUGAUAAACGAAGCAGAAGCAACAAGGAGAAUGGUGAUAACGGACAUGGAUUAAGGAAGGCUUUCAGUGACCUGAAUUGUGACCAGACUGGUGGAACCAAUGUUCCACCCAGCUACAAAUCUGAAUCCCCUAAUUCCAACAACAUUAACGGCUCAGGAGUAUCAGAUGGCUCACAGUCUGGGAAGGUAAAAUUUCUCUGCAGUUUUGGUGGAAAAAUUUUGCCGAGGCCUAGUGAUGGGAGAUUGAGAUAUGUUGGGGGAGAGACGCGUAUUGUCUCCAUCAGGAAAAAUAUUUCAUGGGAUGAGCUUGUCAAGAAAACUUCCAGCAUUUGCAACGAACCACAUGUCAUAAAGUACCAGCUUCCAGGUGAGGAUCUUGAUGCUCUUAUUUCAGUGUCUUCUGAUGAGGAUCUUCAAAAUAUGAUAGAGGAAUACAAUGGGAUUGAAAGGCAAGAUGGUUCUCAGAGGCUGCGGAUCUUUUUGAUUCCCUUGGGUGAAUCUGAAAAUGCAUCUCUUGAGGCAAGCACCAAACAGCAGAACAAUCAAGACUACCAAUAUGUUGCUGCUGUGAAUGGGAUGGUAGACCCUAGUCCUAGGGCAGGAGAGGAAGCAAGUCAAGUGGGAGCUAAGACUUCCCAAUUUCCUACAGAGGUUAAUAGCGAUUCUAAUGCCUUGAAUCCUAAUAAGUUUUCAGAAUCCCUGAAUAUAAAUGUAUCCCCAACUCAAUCUCCUCCAUUUUCUCCAGUUCUAUGCCCUCAAGGAGACUCCAAGAAUAUUCAGAAAAAAUCACAUGGUAAUAAUAGCUCGCAUAGAGGUAGUAAUGAGAGCAACUGCUCUCUCGUGAUUACACAAUUACCACUUCAGAACUCCAGCACUAAUAUUGGCAGGGUAAAUCCAGAGGCAGUAAGUUUGAUGAAUUAUCACCAGCCUAGUUUUACGCAGUUAGAGCAGUUGCAUGGAGGAAAAUUUCAGGACCACAAUCCCAGCAAAGAGUUUAUAAGACCUUCAGCUGUUGGUCAAAAUGAUGGCGAGUUUGAUAUAUUCUCCCAUGACAAACAAGUGCACAAGGAAAGGAUAUUUCAUUCUGAAAAGCCAAGUACUCGCCCAGAAGAUUUAACAGGUUUAUUGUCAGACUAUGGUGAUUCUCAUCAGGGAAUGCCACAUGCGUUUUCUGAUUCGAAACUGCAAGAGAGCGGAAGGAAGUCUGCAUACUGUUCACAAGAAGGAGUGAGCGCAUCACCUCCCUUGGCCUAUGCAAAGGCUCAGUUGUCUUUGCUACUGAACUCAGGUGCCCUGCAAGAAACGACGUCCCAAUUGCAUGGCAACAUUAAUGUUCUCAAUCCUAUACAAACCAACUUACUUGAUGAUGAGUCCGUUGGAUUGCAAGGUAGAAAUUUGUCAAAUUCUUCUAUGUCUAUAGAAUCAAUGGGCUGGAAUGAACCUACUCUCAAGGGUACUGGUGACAUUCAUAACAGUUUCCAAACAGCUAAAGACAACCUUAGUGAAUCUAAUUCCACGUUACUGGAUCAGUCUGAGGAAGAUUCUUUGAGUUUGGGAAUGGUUAAGAGGCGUGAUGAGAAAAAUCCUUUCUUGGAUCAAGAUGAAAAGGUUUGUGAAGGAAGUUUAGCUGCAGCUGGAAUGGAAUGCACGAACAAUUUGGACCGUCUUACCCCAAAUCCAAGUACAAUUUUUACUAUUGGCUCUCAGGAGAGGCUUCCUGUAUCCUCAGGCAUUGAUUUAUUGCCUUUGGUAGAUGGCUUGACGGAGCAUCCCAAAAAACCCCAAUGUGACAAUACUCUCUCUGAACUCCUUCCCAUGAGUCAAAAAAAUGCUGCUGAUCAGGAUUGUGCUAUGAAUGGGAAAAUGGACGGUCAACAAAGCAAUGUUGUGGAGGCUAUGAACUCUGAAGUUUCAAGCUUAUAUCCAACUGCCGGACAACCCCAUCAUGGUCUAAACCCUUUGGGUGAUCUUUUGACUGGAUUAUGCAGUGAUCCGGUACUCCGUGAACCUACACAGCUUCAUCCUGUUGCUAGUAAUGUGAUUUCUGAACCCAUGCUGACAACCUCUGUAAAUUUGUUUCAAUUACCACUUAAUGCUGGUCCUGGUAUAAGCUCCAAUUUGCCAAAGAGUGACCAGGUGGUGCAAAAUCCAAGCCAAGAUAGUGCAGUUAAGCGAGAGGUUUCCCUCCUUGAUAUGGACUUUGUAAGCUACCCCAAUCAGAAUUUCGAAGAGAUUGACUUUGGAGUUUCUACUGAUUUGAAGUCUAACAUGGAAGAUAUCACGUUGGUGCAAAUGAAUCUUUCUAGUAAUCAUAACAAUCCGUCAGUGGCAGUGACGCAAUAUGUUACGGAUGAAACCAGUGGUGAUGCUAUAUCCCCUGCUGCAACAGAGGUAGAUAGCAUUGUUCCAGAGACUGAUUCUGAGGAUGCCAAAACUGACGGAGACAAGAAUGAACCAUUUAGUGAUGCAAUGAUAGCUGAAAUGGAAGCCAGCAUCUAUGGCUUACAGAUUAUAAGAAAUGCUGAUCUUGAAGAACUACGAGAGUUGGGAUCCGGUACAUAUGGUACCGUUUAUCAUGGAAAAUGGAGGGGAUCAGAUGUUGCUAUAAAGAGAAUUAAGAAGAGCUGUUUUUCUGGGAGAUCUUCCGAGCAAGAACGAUUGACAAAAGACUUCUGGAGAGAGGCACAGAUCCUCUCAAACCUUCAUCAUCCAAAUGUGGUUGCAUUUUACGGGGUAGUACCAGAUGGAACUGGAGGAACCUUGGCAACCGUAACUGAGUAUAUGGUGAAUGGAUCACUUAGGCAUGUCCUACUCAAGAAGGAUAGAUCACUUGAUCGUCGUAGAAAGCUUAUAAUUGCCAUGGAUGCAGCAUUCGGCAUGGAAUACUUGCACUCAAAGAAUAUUGUCCAUUUUGAUUUGAAAUGUGAUAACUUGUUAGUCAACCUAAGGGAUCCACAACGACCUAUAUGCAAGGUUGGAGAUUUUGGAUUGUCGAGAAUCAAACGCAAUACUCUGGUAUCUGGUGGAGUGCGAGGAACGCUUCCAUGGAUGGCACCGGAACUUUUAAAUGGUAGCAGCAGCCGGGUUUCUGAGAAGGUUGAUGUUUUCUCAUUUGGCAUUUCGAUGUGGGAGAUAUUGACCGGGGAAGAACCUUAUGCAAAUAUGCAUUGUGGUGCGAUCAUUGGGGGGAUUGUGAAGAACACUCUCCGACCUCCUAUUCCCGAACGCUGUGAUCCUAAUUGGAGGAAGCUAAUGGAAGAGUGCUGGUCGCCGGAACCUGAAAGUCGGCCAUCAUUCACCGAGAUUACUAACAGGUUGCGGUCUAUGUCUAUUGCGCUUCAAGCAAAGGCACAGAACAACACGACAAGAGUGGUCAAAGCCUAACAUGUCCCGGUGAGUAAACAAACGUAAAUAUGUAUAUGCACAGCACAAGAGUUCCAACUUCAUUUACCUGGGCUCGUCGAUAAGCCUCAUUGAAUAGUAAUUGGGCUGUGGAUCAGCAAUUUUGUUGGGGGACCGUCCUUGCAAUUUAAUGGGUCUAUUGUUUUUCUUCUUCCCCCAAUGUUUAUAAAAGAUGUGUUCAUUUGUUUAUUCUUUGUCCUCUACAUAAAAACAUCAGAUCAGAGUAGCGAGUGAUGCAGAGACGAUCUAGAGCCUUUUUGUUUAGUUUAGUAUCACGUUUUUCUUUUCCUUUUUUUUUUUUUUCUGGAGAAACGCGUCCAUAUUAUAUUAUGUAUAUAUACACGGAAAAACAUAAGAGUAUCAUUGCUAGUUUAUGUGCUC